GGCGAUAUCUACAGCUCCAUUAUAGACUAAUUAAAAGAUAGGCCGAUGGCUCUUUAGGAGAUAUCGCGGGGAAGAGGGGCCAAUAGCUCCGAAUACUCGGGAUUAACAAUCACUCACUGAUGUCAUUGUUAAUAAUGCCAGAUAAACAUGUCAGUUUUUUUUACCCUCUCUCUCACUUCCACUUUCUCUUGGCGAUGUCUCAGACGAGUCAAAAUGCCACUUUCAAGUCCCGGCUUAUUUCCUUUUUUAUUUUUUUCAACCAAGGGUGCAGGUGGGCUGUUUCUCAUCUUCACCCCCCGGAACCACUGCCGAUCCCGCCACUGAGAGAAGAGAAAAGAGACAACACCAUCCAUGGAUCGCUAACAUGCCCCCCAAAAGUGCUUCUAGAAGAACUAGCACUCCCUCUAAAUAAGUAAACUUUAGUGGGCUCUGUUCUCUCCUCUGAUUCUAACCUUACACUGAACUCCAUAGAGAGCGCUAAAUUAACUUGAGUCUGUUUGGCCUUGUUAUCUCUUCUCUCACAUCAUCUCAUCAUUUGCUUGCUUCUUUGUGCUGCGCCGUAUUUUCCCCUUUUGUGUGGCUCCACCCGCUCAGACGCAGGCAGCACAAAGCUCACACUCUUUUUUGGGGCGUUUCGCCCUUUUACGAUCUCACAUUCCAUUUCAGAGACAUUUUCAGCUCAGAUCAUAUUUCCUUUCCCCCAUGUAUAUUUCCGUUUGUGUCCGUGUCUUAUACUUGAGCCGCGCGUAAAUUACUCUCACUUUGCACCUUUAUCACACCUGCCACUGUAUCUCUAUAUCUCACACGACCACUGUUGAUCUCUUCAUACAAUUGUUUGAUCGUUACUCCAAUGAAUACUCCAAACAGAGCUGCCGUUGUACAUCCUCAAUACGACGCCCAGUCUACCCAGCAAUUACUCGCUCUUGUUCAACAUCUUCAGGUUACAUCGAGGACUAUGGCCAAGCAAACACCCGCGUCCGACCAGAAAAAUAGUACCAUCGUCACCGAUAUUGGCGAUUAUCUCAUCCAAGCUGCUCAGGCAUGGGCACAGAUGACAGAUGCUCUGGUGGAAAGCCGACAGGUUCAGCAAGCAGUGGUUGAUGCGCAUGAACAAGCCAUGGUCAACAAUCAUCUUUCCGAUCUAUCUACUGUCGUCUCUAUGGAUGUUGAUCUUACAAAGCUCUCCAAAAUCCGCGAUUUAACAGCGCAGUUCUCCCGAGAUGUACAUCAAGUUUGGCAGAAUGAUGCGCCGUGUCCGGGAAAAUCGCCAUGACACAUCAAUUUUCGAAUAGAGGUUCUUGGGAUAGGUUCACUGGGUUAUUUCAUAGGCGUUUCUGGAAUGAUAUCCGCAUCUUGGUUGGAAGAUUGCUGCGUUAUUUCAUUCAUCAUUUGCUCACUAAAAUUGCAUAUUCUGUUUCCUCUCCUCCAAGUCUACCGCCUUACUGUGUACCUCCUGACCCGACCUCUGUUGCUGUGAC